GUUGCUGACGUUGGUGCUGUCUAAUGUGACGAUGGCGUCCACAGAUCUGUCGCUCCUGGACCUAACAGACAAGGAAACCCGGGAGAAACUUUCGCUAUGGGACCGCCGGACGGAUGCAACGGCUCCUCUCACGGACAAACAGAUGGACUCUAUCCUGGAGAUCCGAGCUGCGGCUGAAAUACUCCCCGUUCCUUCAGAGUUGCCCAUUGAGGACCUGUGCAGCUUGUCGUCUCGGUCCUUGCAGUCCCCAUUCACAGCAACCGUCCCCGCUUCAACCGAGGACGUUUUGCUAAAAGGUUUCCAGAUGCUCGAGAUGGAAAAUAACAGGAUCGAAACCGCACAACAGUUUUUUGCCUGGUUUGCUAAGUUACAAUCAAACAUGGACCAGGAUGAGAGCUCAAAAUACAGGAGAACCAGAGAUGACCUGAACUGCUACCAGGAGCAGUGUGAUGCCAUACUGAAAGAUGUCAACACAGCUCUGGAGCACUUGGACUCGCUUCAGAAGCAGUACCUGUUUGUGUCUAAUAAGACCGGUGCCCUGCACGAGGCCUGUGAGCAGCUCCUUAAAGAACAGUCUGAGCUUGUUGACCUGGCAGAGAGCAUUCAGCAGAAACUGUCGUAUUUUAAUGAGCUAGAAAACAUAAACACGAAACUGAACUCCCCGACUUUAUCUGUAAAUAGUGAAGGUUUUAUUCCAAUGCUGUCCAAACUGGAUGACUGCAUUGAAUAUGUUUCCUCGCAUCCCAAUUUCAAGGAUUAUCCAGUUUAUUUGGCCAAGUUUAAGCAAUGUCUGUCCAAAGCUAUGCACUUCAUGAAGGUCCAUAUUGUAAACACUAUGCAGUAUCUCACCAGCCAGUUAACAAAAAGGGAUCCUAUGGGUUUGACUAACGCAGACAACGCGUUUACCCUUUACUAUGUUAAGUUUAGAGCAGCUGCACCCAAAGUUAGAUCACUGAUUGAGCAGAUAGAGCAGCGAGCAGAGAAGAUUCCAGAAUACACUCAGCUUCUAGAUGAAAUCCAUCAGUGCUAUCUUGAUCAGAGAGAGCAGCUCCUCAGUCCCUGCAUCGCCUCCACCAUUACUGACUUGACCAGCCAAAACAGCAAAGACCACUGUGCUCUGGUUCGCAGCGGCUGUGCUUUUAUGGUUCACGUGUGUCAGGAUGAACACCAACUGUUCAGUGAGUUCUUCUCCAAACCCACGCCUAAACUUGAUGAGCUGCUGGAGAAGUUAUGUUUGUCACUAUAUGAUGUCCUGCGGCCACUGAUUAUCCACAUCAUCCACCUGGAAACCCUGUCCGAGCUCUGCAGCAUCCUUAAGAAUGAGAUGCUGGAGGACCAUGUUCAGAAUAACGCUGCUCAGCUGGGUGCCUUUGAUGCCCUUGUGAAGCAGAUGCUAGAGGAUGUUCAGGAGAGGCUGGUCUACAGGACUCACAUCUACAUCCAGACUGACAUCAUAGGCUACAACCCAGCUCCAGGUGAUCUGGCUUACCCUGAAAAACUGGAAAUGAUGGAGAAAAUCGCGCAAAGUUUGAAAGAGGAGCAGAUGAAGCAGAUGUCACAAGAGCCUGUGUUUUCUGAAGUACAGCUGGCUGAUGCUGAUGGGAGAAGAAACAGCAAUGCUGGCACUGUAGAAGCAUCCCGGCUACACGCAUCUGUCUCUCCUGCCGAUCUGCACGGCAUGUGGUAUCCCACUGUUAGGCGAACGCUCGUUUGCCUGUCCAAGCUCUACAGAUGUAUAGAUAAAGCAGUAUUCCAGGGUUUAUCUCAAGAAGCCUUAUCAGCUUGCAUCCAGUCGCUGCUUAAAGCCUCUGAUAUCAUCCUCAAAAACAAGACACAAAUAGAUGGGCAACUUUUCCUGAUCAAGCACCUGCUGAUAAUGCGUGAACAGAUUGCCCCAUUUCACACCGAUUUUGCCAUCAAGGAAAUCUCGCUGGACUUGAAAAAAACACGAGAUGCUGCCUUCAAAAUCCUGAACCCUAAGGCUGUUCCCAAAUUCUUCCGAUUUAACAGUCACAAUGCCAUCCUCGAAUUCCUGUUGGAGGGAACACCAGAGAUAAAGGAGCACUACAUUGACUCAAAGAAGGAUGUGGACCGACACCUGAAGUUCAGCUGUGAGCAGUUCAUCCAGCAGCAGACUCAGAUCUUUGUGGGAAACCUUGAGGAGUUUCUCACCAAGGUGGAAGCUCUGAAAACAAUGGCAAUCCAAGGCGGCCCUACAUACAGCUUGUCUCAGCAACCUUGGGCACACCCAGCCAAGAUCAACGAUAUAGUGAUGGCCACCUACCGGGUGAUGAAGAGCAAGCUGCCAAGCACUUUACAGAGCAUGUCCUUGUACUUGGCCAAUAGAGACACAGAGUUCAUCCUAUUCAAGCCUGUCCGGAAUAACAUCCAGCAGGUAUUCCAAAGAAUGCACGCCUUGCUUCAGGAAGAGUACAGCGGAGAAGAUCUUCAAAUCAUCGCAUGUCCAUCUAUGGAGCAGAUUAACCUUCUGCUGUCUGUGAAUAAGUAAUGUCUGGUAAAGCGAUGCAGGUGAACACUGUGGAUAGCAACAUGACGCCCCAGCCCCAGCCACCACGGGGAGCUUUGACGUUGAGCUUUUGAGGUUGAGCAGACGGGAUGACCAGAAAAACCGCGCCUUCUGGAUCAAGGAAGGCGC